AUGGAGAAUAGGCUCCUCAUGAUCAGAACUCUUGGCUCAUCUAAGAACAUCCUUAGUAUCACUCAUCAACUUAGAAGUUUCCACACUGUGAUGGCUAAGAGGUUCAACACCACCUCAACAACUUUCACACCAGCAACAACUUCCAGCGAUAUCAAUGAAGAAGUGAAUCUACUCAGAAAAUCACUCCAACAAUUGAAAGUACAAAAGAAGCAGGCCGUGGAAUCAUUGAAAGAAGAAAGAAGGAAGGCCAGGGAAGAGGAAAUCAAAGCUGUUGAAGAUUUAAGGCCAAAGAGAGUUCCAUCAGCAUUCCUUAUCUAUACCGCCACACAUUUUAACGAAGUAAAGAAGGAAAUGCUUGAAAAGAAGAUGAUUACUGAUCAAGCUUUUGUAGAAGUUAAUAAGGAAUUGUAUGAUAGAUUUUCCAAGCUUUCCGAAAAUGAGAAGAAUAUCUAUUACAGCUAUAUUCAAGAAGAGAAGGAAAGAUAUACUAAACAAAUGGAAGUCUACAAACAAGCCAAGAAGAAAAUGAAUGCCCUUUCUGGUGCUCCAACAACAGGAUUUAUGAGAUUUUAUAAGGAAGUUUGCCCAGAUAUUAAGGCUGAAAUUCAGGCAAUGAAUCAAAAGUGCAGUGCCCAUGAUAUGGCCAAGCUUGCAUCCAAGAGAUGGAAAGAAUUGGACGAAGGCACAAAACUCAAAUAUAAGGAACAAUACACAAAGGAAAUGGCUGAGUUUAAACAACAAAGGGAUGCUUUAAAAACAGCAACCUCUCCUUCUACUCCAAAUACUGCUCAAUAA